AUGACAGUAUCUGGAGAUAAUGCACUUGCAUAUUUCAAGACCAUAUCGUCGGUUCGCGAGACCACUGGGGCAGUUUAUGAUCUCGUGAAGAAGAAUAGUGGGGGCAACUACUUCAGCAUGAACUUGUCGAAAAUGGAUGGUGUUGUUGAUUAUCUGUGCAAGAUUAUUGCUCGCGAUUACCAGACAGAUUACGGGUCUAUACCGCCACAUGGGCGCUGGCAGCAUCUAAACGCAGGUGGACAGCUCAGAGUCGAGGCCCUGAUUGAUCAGUGGCGCGCAGAUAACGUCGAUGAGUUGGAGAUCUCCAGAAAGUUGAUCGAUUUGAUCGUCAUCACCGUUUUGGUCGAUGCCGGUGCAGGUAAUGUCUGGAAGUAUACGGUUGAAGGUGAUAAAAGCUAUAAUAGAUCAGAGGGGUUGGCCGUUGCCUCCUAUCACAUGUUCGUGGACGGCCAGCUAUCAAAUGAAGGAGCCGAGAAUCCUUACAAAGUGCAUGGUCAAAGAUUGAGCAAUAUGACAAUGGGGGAAUUUGUGCAGGGAUUUCAGAUUAGCGAGACAAGCAAUCCAUUAAGCGGUAUGGAGGGUAGAUUGGCGCUUAUUCAAAGGCUCGGCGAGGCUUUAGUGAGUCGUCCUGAUAUUUUUGGCCCAGAGGCAAGACCGGGCGGCAUGGUGGAUUACCUGUACGCGCACUGUGACAAGAACAAGAGCAACACUAUAGACCUAAACCUCAUUUGGAAUACAUUGAUGGAUGGUUACGUCACCAUCUGGCCAAAGGGUAGAACCACCAUAGACGACAUGCCAAUUGGUGACGUCUGGCCGCUCGAUACGAAAUUGAGUUCACAGCACUCCACUAAAUGGGGAGAGGAUCAAUAUCUCAACAGUCUUGUUAGUUUCCAUAAACUAACACAAUGGCUAUGUUAUUCGUUGUUAGUUCCUUUCGAAAACUUUGGGCAUAAAUUUACCAUUACAAAUAAGAAUUUACAAACUGGUUUGCCUGAAUAUAGAAACGGUGGUCUCUUUUAUGACUUUGGAGUCUUGGAAUUGAAACCCGAACAUUUAAAAAGGGGGAAAGCCCUUUCGCUAAAAUUGAAUGCUGAUGAAAACAUUCCAACGUUUACGGCCGAAGAUGGUGUUAUCGUAGAGUGGCGAUGCUUGACGAUCGGUCUAUUGGAUGAGCUACUUGUUUUAGUCAACAAAAAACUGAGUGCUAAUUUAAGUUUACCUCAGGUCAUUGAAGCUGGCUCUUGGAAAGCCGGUAGAGAAAUAGCAGCGGAGUUGAGGCCUUCUACUAAAGGACCUCCAAUUGAUUUAUAUAGUGAUGGUACUGUUUUUUAA